AUGUCGUACUACUUUGUUAUCCUUGGAAGUACGAAUGAACCGUUGUACGAGCUGGACAUUGGAACAUACAGACAGAACGGUGAUGGAUCAAUCAACUUUCCUGCUGAAAUCAACGAGUUGAAACAGUUCAUAGCCAAUGCGUCAUUGGAUAUUCUUGAGAAUGUGCAAUUCAAGUCCAAUCAAAUUUUUUUUAAAAAUAUAGAUUCAUUCUAUGGAUACUCGAUAGACAUCUACUUGACGCAAGGCAAUACUAAGUUUGUUAUCUUGACAAAUUGCAAAAAUUAUGAUGAAAGCAUCCGACAAUUCUGCAUCGAAAUAAACGAGAUUUAUGUCAAGAAAAUUCUUUCCCCCUUCUAUGACAGCAAUACACCAAUACGGUCUAAGGUGUUUGAUGCCAAAGUGAGACAGCUUGUCAAAAAAUAUUUAUAG